UAAUGUGCAUAUUGCAUCAUUGCUAACAUAUGAUGUCAAUUCUGUGUGUCAAUCUCUUGUACAAUCUAUAUUUUAUUAGAAAUAUUUCCUUGAUAAAGUUUGUUAUGAUAGAAUUAUCAUUCUAAUUUGUAACGAUGCGUAACGAACCAAUGGACGAUCAACUUCACUACGACGUGUCAAUAGUUAAUAAAAUGAUUUUGCAAUGUAUCAACAUUUUUUUAAACUAAAUAAUAUCAAUGUCAUUUGAUAAAAUAGUAAAACUUCAUUAGUAAAAAAAGACUUACAUAGCUGCACUAUUCCGAUAUAUUUUCGAAAUUUAUUUUCGUCGCUUUAUCAUAGAAAUAAGAAUAUAUAAUGUGCUAAAUAAAAAAUGUCUGAAAAGGUAUAAUACAGUAAUGCAAUAUUGAAAAUCUUAUUUUAUUAAGACAAAAUGUCAGAUAACAAUUUGCCGCACAUAUUCUAUGGAUUUGAUUCGCCUGGUAGGAUAGUACGUUUAGAAUCUAGUAUUACCACACGGCCUAAUAUUGGUCGUCUUUCAAGUAUAGAAGAAACAUUAAGAAGACUUAGCACAAAUCUAAGGCCAGAAAGACAAACUAAUGAAUCAAACAAUGAAAUAUCCGAUGCUCAACCUCCAGCGAUUUUAUCAAAUGAGGAACCAGUACCUAUUGUAUUGUCAGAAUCUGUAAACAUUGAACAACCAAAUGAUAUGAUUGAUGGUGCAUCUUCCCCAAACCAAUCAGACAUUAAUACAUCAAUAGCAAAUACAGAAGAUGACAAAAGAUAUUGCUGGGUAUGCUUUGCAACGGAUGAAGAUGAUGCAACUGCUUUAUGGGUAAAACCAUGUCAUUGUCGUGGUACCACAAAAUGGGUACAUCAAGGAUGUAUUCAGAGAUGGGUUGAUGAAAAACAAAAAGGACAUGCCGGUGCACAUGUAGCAUGUCCACAGUGUAAUACAGAAUACAUCAUUGUAUAUCCAAAUAUGGGGCCGUUAGUAGUUGUACUGGAUACUAUUGAUGGUAUGGUUUUUCGAAUUUGCCCAUUUAUUGCAGCUAGUAUAGUUGCUGCAUCUGUAUACUGGACAGCUGUAACAUAUGGAGCAGUAACUGUAAUGCAAGUAGUUGGUCACAAGGAUGGUCUUGCUAUAAUGGAACAAGCUGAUCCUUUGGUAUUAUUGGUUGGUUUGCCAACUAUUCCAAUAAUGUUAGUUUUGGGAAAAAUGCUCAGAUGGGAAGAUCAAGCACUUAAUCUUUUAAGGCGACAUGCAUAUAAGGUUCCUAUUUUGAGGCAUUUCUUGCCUAGUAGUUGUUCAAGUGCUGACAGAGUACAAUCUGAAGAUCUACCACCUAUGAGUGAUCCAAUGUCAGCAACUCGUAUUCUUUGUGGUGCGCUUUUAUUACCUAGCAUUGCCAGCAUAUGUGGCAAAAUAUUUUUUGAAAGCAUACAUUCUAAUUUUCAAAGAACAUUGCUUGGAGGCAUAGCAUUUAUAACAGUAAAGGGUGCAUUCAAGAUAUACCAUAAACAACAACAAUAUGUAAGACAAUGUCAACGUCGUAUAAUGGAUUAUACAGAAAGUAAUGUUUCAUUAUAUAGAAGACAACAAAAUUCUGAAACCAGCCAGACAAGUUAAAUACAUACAUGCAAGAGAUUCUUGGAACAAUACACUAUCAAACGACAUCUCAGUUAAAAAAAAAACUAAACCUCAUAAUAUACUUUUACCAUGAAAACAGAUGUCCAGUAUAUUACUUUUAUGUAAUAAUAUAAGUUUGUGGGUACUUUAAUCAAGUCUAACAAAUACGUAAGUUAUAUAUACACAUACAUACAAAAAUAAUAAAGGGAAAUUAUCAUAUACAUAAAUAUAAUUAGUAAGUUAUCUGUCUAAGGAUGAACAUUUAAUUGAAAGAAAAUGGGUAUGUUACAUCUCCUAAAUUUAAUUGUCAGUGAAGUUAUAUUAAUAUUGACUCAUCCUUUCUUCCGUACAAAAUAAGAAUUGAGAUAUGUUAAUGUCCUUACUACAAUUCAGUUUUCCUUUGUUCGAAAGAAUCAUGCAGGAAGAAAAUAGUAAAUCUGUAGUUCAUUAAUAACAAAAACUGUAUAUUUUAUGAAGUUAACACAGCACAAGUUUUCUGUGCUCUGAUAAAAAUAGGCAUGGUAUGUUUUUAGGAAUUAUUUACAUUUUGAUUACGAGUGCAAAAAGAAAUACAGUCUUUAGAGAAGAAAUUUAUUUCUAUGAUAGAUAAAGUCUUGGAUUAGGUAUUGACUAUAUUAAUAUAUAUCAAGUAAAAAAAUUU